UGCAUAUGGGGGGGGUAUAAAAUCCUUCGUUUGCUCAACGAGUGCACGUUUGAGCUCUGCAUUGAUAGGAGUUCACACGUAGACCUACCUUCUAACAAUCCAACUCCGACCACUUGCAAACAUGUCUGACAAGCCCGAUUUGGCAGAAGUCACCAACUUCGACAAAACCAAGCUGAAGAAGACUGACACGCAAGAGAAAAACCCCCUGCCCUCCAAAGAAACAAUUGAACAGGAGAAGGCGGCGUCAUAAUGAGGAAGCGGUUCUCUCUAUGCACUGUACAUUCCACAAGCAUUGCCUUUUUUUUCACCCCUUAGCUGUAUAUCUGUCUAACCGAAAACCAUGUUGCAUUGUGAUUGGACAAAAGUAGAGACGUACAAGCCACGCCCUGCGUACAGACCCUGCCCAGCUUCCCUAGAUCCCCUUUUUUUACAAGAAUGAGAACUUGUGACUGGCAGCCUGAUGAGAUCUUUGCUUGUCCUUUUGUCACUUUGGCCCUUGAUCACCUGUCCCCAUGACGACAUCUGUCUCACACUGCAUGUGUGAGGGGGUAGAGCAAUGGUGUGCUUGAACCACCCAGGGACCUGCAUGUCUGUCAUCUAGAAUAGUAUGGCUUCUGGUGACCUGUGAAAUGCUUUAAAAUCAAACUGUUGGGUUUAAAUUGUUUUUGUAUAAGUUCAAUUAUUGGAAUGCACAAGUUUGUUUUGAUAUGCAAAUAAAAAAAUUAAAUAAGUGAA